CCAGAGGCGUGGCCGCCUCCCUUCUCUGCCGGGUGCGGGCCGGGGGGAGCUCCGGGCGCCUCGGGAACCCGGAGCCCGCUGGCGCCGCGCCCGGCCUAGGGCACACGGCCGGGGACGAGGCCGCGCCUCCUCCCGGAACUAGCCGGCGCUGCGGGGCUGGGGGCGCCAGGGCCCGAGCGGGAGGAGUGGCAGGCGCGGGGCCGCGGCACGCGGGGCGACAUGGAGGUCCUUUCCGCAGGCGGGGGACGGACAGGGCGACCAGCGUCCGAGUGCCGCGGCGCCCGCGAGGCGAGGCCGGAGGACGCGGAGGAGGAAGCCGUCCCUGGAGUGCCCGGCUCCUCGCCCCUCCGAGGGACGCCCCCCGCGGAGCAGCUGCGCGGCGCCCGGGAUGCCUGGGAGGGUGAGGAGGACCCGGAACCCCGCGAGCCGCGGGGCGGCCGGACGAGCCGCACGGCGUCCCUGGUGAGCGGGCUGCUCACCGAGCUCUACAGCUGCACCGAGGAGGAGGAGGCGGCGGGCGGCAGCAGCGGCCGCGGGUCUGGGGCCGGCCGGUGGCGUCGCGACAGCCUCGACAGCUCCACCGAGGCCUCGGGCUCCGACGUGUUCCUGGGCGGCCGCGGCGGCGCGGGCGACUCCCGAGUGCUGCAGGAGCUGCAGCAGCGGCCGAGCCAGCGGCACCAGAUGCAGUACCUGCGGCAGAAAGAUAUCAGUGAACUGAAGACAAUCCUUCGAGAGCUGAAGUACAGAAUUGGCAUUCAGUCAACGAAGUUACUUCGGCAGCUGAAGCAGAAAGAUAGGCUCCUGCACAGAGUACAGAAGAACUGCGAUAUCGUGACUGCAUGCUUGCAGGCCCUCUCACAGAAGAGAAGGGUUGAUACAAAGUUGAAGUUCACUCUCGAGCCAUCUUUAGGUCAAAAUGGUUUUCAGCAGUGGUAUGAUGCACUCAAGGCAGUUGCUAAACUAUCAACAGGCAUACCAAAGGAAUGGAGGAGAAAGGUUUGGUUGACCUUGGCAGAUCAUUAUUUGCACAGUAUAGCCAUUGAUUGGGACAAAACCAUGCGCUUCACUUUUAAUGAAAGGAGUAAUCCUGAUGAUGACUCAAUGGGAAUUCAGAUAGUCAAGGAUCUUCAUCGCACAGGCUGCAGUUCUUACUGUGGCCAGGAAGCUGAGCAGGACAGGGUUGUGUUGAAGCGUGUCCUGUUGGCCUAUGCCCGAUGGAACAAGAACGUUGGUUACUGCCAAGGCUUUAACAUCCUGGCUGCACUAAUUCUGGAAGUGAUGGAAGGCAAUGAAGGGGAUGCGCUGAAAGUUAUGAUUUACCUUAUUGAUAAGGUACUUCCUGAAAGCUAUUUUGUCAAUAAUCUCCGGGCAUUGUCUGUGGACAUGGCUGUCUUCAGAGACCUCUUGAGAAUGAAGCUCCCUGAAUUAUCUCAGCACCUAGAUGCUCUUCAGAGAACUGCAAACAAGGAAAGUGGAGGUGGAUAUGAGCCCCCACUUACGAAUGUCUUCACCACGCAGUGGUUCCUGACCGUCUUUGCUACGUGCCUCCCUAAUCACACGGUUUUAAAGAUCUGGGAUUCAGUCUUCUUUGAAGGUUCGGAAAUCAUCCUUAGGGUGUCGCUGGCUAUCUGGGCAAAAUUGGGAGAGCAAAUAGAAUGUUGUGAAACAGCAGAUGAAUUCUACAGCACCAUGGGGCGGCUUACACAGGAGAUGCUAGAGAAUGACCUUCUGGAAAGCCAUGAACUCAUGCAGACUGUUUAUUCUAUGGCUCCAUUCCCUUUCCCACAGUUGGCAGAGUUGAGGGAAAAAUACACCUACAACAUUACACCAUUCCCAGCCACAGUUAAAGCCACCUCAGUUUCUGGACGACAAUGUAAGGUCAGAGACAGUGAUGAAGAGAAUGACCUGGACGAUGAAGAUGCUAUUGUUAAUGCAGUAGGGUGUCUCGGACCUCUUAGUGGACUCCUGGGACCUGAACUGCAGAAGUUCCAAAGGCAAAUUAAAGAGUCAAAUGAGGAACAGAGUCUGAGAUCUAAUAAUAUUGCAGAACUGAGUCCAGGAGCAAUCAAUUCCUGCCGAAGUGAAUACCAUGCAGCUUUUAACAGUAUGAUGAUGGAGCGCAUGACCACAGAUAUCAGUGCUCUGAAGCGGCAGUACUCUCGCAUUAAAAAGAAGCAACAGCAGCAGGUUCAUCAGGUGUAUAUCAGGGCAGGCUCUAAAGAAGAAAAAGGCCAUGAGUUCUUUUUAGGUCCCAAGGACCAGCCAAUGCAUGACAAAGGGCCAGUGACCAGCCUUCUCCCGUCCCAGGUAAACAAUUCUCCGGUUAUAAACCACCUUCUUUUAGGAAAGAAGAUGAAAAUGACUAAUAGAGCUGCCAAGAAUGCUGUCAUCCACAUCCCUGGUCACACAGGAGGCAAAAUUUCUCCAGUCCCCCAUGAAGAUCUCAAGACAAAGCUCAACUCUCCAUGGAGAACUCACAUCAGAGUCCACAAAAAGACCAUGACGAGGACCAAGAGUCAGCUGUGCUGUGGGGACACGAUAGGGCUGAUAGAAGAGCAGAAUGAGGGCUGUGCAACUAACAACUUGGGGUUGGCAGAGGAGGGUUCCUCCAAUUGUACAUCGACAGCUCCAAGAGAAGGCAGCAGCUCUGAAGGCAGCACCGGGAGGAGAAUUGAAGAACAGUCUCCAAAGCCAUUGUUUGGGGAAGCCGAUGCCAACGUAUCUGUGGUUCAGGUGAAGUUAGAAGUCUUGGACCUGAACCACAGGGAUGUUGUUGCUGAAACUGAGGCCAAGGUGCCCCUGCCCUGCCAGCGGCAUAUCUCAGAGCCGUCUAAUGCACCUGAAGAAAACAAAGCCACCAGCAAACCUCCCCAAAGCAGCAACCCUAAAACUCCCAUCUUUAGCCCCUUUCCCAGUGUCAAGCCACUCCGUAAGUCAGCCACUGCCAGGAAUUUGGGAUUAUAUGGUCCUACGGAAAGAACCCCAACUGUGCACUUCCCUCAGAUAAGCAGGAGUGUCAGCAAAUCUGGAGGUGGAAACAGUGGCACUAAGAAACGGUGAUGUCUCCCAAGAACUUUGUCUCUGGAUGCACCUUUUUAUGGUAGUACAAUGGUUCCAGCUGAAUGGCUCCAAAAGAGUUUUAAUUGUCCAGUGAAAAUAAACAGGGUCAGAGAGGAGCAACAGUACAUGAAAGGGGAAUUGAAAGUUUAUAAAGAGAGCUAGAAAAAGGAUGUUUUCCUAUGGAGACAUCCACUUGAGAACUGAUGAAGUGGAUUCUAAUGGCAAAAUAAAUGUUGUUUCAAAAUGUGAAGGUUUUCCAAUUUUCAUUGUGAGCUGUUUAGAAAAGACUGUAUAAGUAGACUGUUAACCUGUCUUCCUUCUUGCUGCUCUGAGGGCCUUCAGGGUCCCUGUGACAACACUCUCCAAACCUGCCAAUUCUCUAAUGUUUUAAUACUCAAGCAUGCACACAUUGGCUUGCUAGAACAAAAACUGUCAAAAGAAAGUAAGUUUCUUAGUUGCAAAAAACUUCCUGAUUUCCCUUUUCAUGCCCAAUGGGGGAAAUGUUCAGGUGUUUGGGUUUUCCCUUGGUAAUUUCAGCCAUUUUCAAGAUGCUAAAGCACAGAGAAAAAAAAUCUAGAUAGUCUUUCUUUAACUUUCUAUUUCUACCUGCAAAAUGAAGAAAACCUUUAGUCUGUUGAAAUUUAGGUUGAUGACCAACAUGAAUAUCUUUAACACAGAGAACACAAACGGGUUAUGCAUUAAGCCAUUGCUCUGAACAGCUUGGCUGAUUCCAUUGUUUUUUGCAAGUUUCGUCUUCUCCUCUUCAGGCGAGCUUUGGUCCUCAGUGGUAUGGAUUACUUAGUGGGCUCUACCUGGAGUUCAACCUGCAUCUUCCACCUUGCAGCUCACUUACCUACCUGCUCUCCAUGGCAGAUGGGCAAAGUCUCUGCUCUCAAAGAGCCUCCAGCCUCCAAAGCUAGAACGUAAGCACCUGUGACUCUGUUACUUGAAUUUUGUGCUUGUUUUGAUUGGAGUCCUUUGUUACUUGAACACUGCCUUUCUCCAGAGAAGGCCCUUGUACUUUCUAGCUCUCUCUCACCCACUCCUCCCCUGGUCCCAGCACCCUUUAUCUCCACUAUGCAGAUGGGAACUCUGAGCCACACAGAGGUGAAGUAAUACUUCAGUUAUUCAAGGUAAAUGCUUCUAGUAUUCCAUGGGACUUAGCCACAUUUCCUCCAGUGCAGUAGGCAGGUUUAAUGCUCUUUGUACAUAGAUGCAUUGGCUAUGUAGGUCAUUAAAACUAAGACUCAAAAACCAUUCCCCACACUCCUUCCUGACUCAAAGGACCUUUCUCCAAAUGGUACAGAGUCCCAUGAUGGCACUUUACAAAAUCAGCUCUGACCAUCUUCUCCUGAAAAGGUAGUUCUUUUUUUUAAAUGUUUCAUGGAGAUGUCUUUUGGCAGAAAAUGAGCCCCCCCUCCCCUACUUCAUUACAAGCAGAGAUUCAGCAUCUUUAUUCUCAUCUCUAGAAAACACUGGGGAUGCUUUCAGGAAUAUUGUUGCUAUAGUCAAUAUUAAUUUGCUCUAAUUUGAUUGGUAAUUCUGAAACCCAAGUGAUAGUUUUAGAGGGGGCUUUUACUAUGAGAGGUACUAAUUUUUUAAAAAUCAAAUAGAGAAUGGGAUUGUGUGGCCUUUGGUACACACACACACACACACACACAAAAGCCACAAAAAUGACAUGCACAGUGAGAAAAGCAAUUUUGUCCCCUUGAUGUUUUUACCCUCAAAUGGACUGAAGGUGAAAAAUAUGACUAAUAAGUUACUGCAGUUUGAGUAUCUGAAGUUAGCAUGUAGCUUCUAAAAAACCAGCCUGUACCUUGGAAAGGGUGUAGGCGGAGAGUUGGGCUUACUUUGCACACUAGCCCCGGGGGAACAGACUGACCACAUUUUCUGAAGGGAAACAAGUGACAUGCUUUUCUUCCAUCUGCUAAAUUUUACUGAUAAGAAUAAUUCCAUUUCAUAUUCUUUUUUCUUUCCCAUCCCAGAUGAGUCAGAAUAGUAAUAUUUGCUCUUUCCUCUCAAGUCAGCUCACUAGCUCCCUGAUGAUCUGGUUUCAAGGAGGUGGGAGAUGGGGUGGAGGCAGCUUAGGAUUGCACUACUGCUGUCUUCCACCUGUCCUUCCAUUAGCAGCACAUGCUGUGCCCUGGAAAGUCUCCACUCACCUAUUAACUGGUGUUGGUCUUCCUGGAAAGGGGAUGGAUGAGGUGGGACAAGGUUUUUGGGCUAAGUGUUUGUUGAAUGAAUGAAUAACUAAAAGAGUAAUAGUCCUUUGAGCUAAAAAUGACCUUGGUGUGAUUUUAAAAACUGACAGAUUGCUGUUAAAAUACUUUUCUGUACCAAUAACAUGCAUGCAUUGUGCCAAGUAAUCACGAUGUGAAUUGGUCAAUUUGUUUUCUUUUAGAAAAUAAAGAAACCUGUAGUAGCCUCUACCACACAGCAUGUACAAAGACCAGUAUGGACUUGACAAAUCUUCCCUAUGUACUGGACACUGUAUGCAAGCACCAGAAGUACUUAACAAGUAGCAGUUUCUUUACUUUUAGAGAUGUUUGUACUCUUCAGCACUUUUGCCGGAGUUGACCCAUUCUAUUGCCUCCUCAACUAAGACCUCUUAAAAAAGUCUACAGAUGAUAUGAACCUAUGGGCUGUAACUGUUUAGAACAUUGUAUUCCUAUUUUGUCUCUUGUUGUUAUAAAGAAUUGUAUUGAUUA